AUGGCAAAGCAGUAUUACGCUACGAGCAGCCUCGUGGUUGGGUAUGCUCUGUGCUCGAGUUUGCUCUCAAUCAUCAACAAAUAUGCCGUGACAAAGUUUGGUUACCCUGGCCUCCUAACUGCUCUACAGUACUUGACAUCUGCCGCUGGUGUUUGGAUCCUUGGAAAGCUAGGCUUUCUCACCCAUGACCCCUUCAAAUUGGAGACUGCAAAAAAGUUUGCACCAGCUGCUCUUGUCUUCUACCUAGCCAUAUUCACCAACACAAAUCUCCUCUGCCAUGCCAAUGUAGAUACAUUCAUAGUUUUCAGAUCCCUGACCCCGCUUUUGGUUGCUAUUGCCGACACAACUCUCAGGAAGCAACCAUGUCCUUCAAAGUUCACAUUCCUAUCCCUUGUGGUCAUCUUGGGAGGAGCAGUUGGCUACGUGAUGACAGAUUCAGCAUUCAGCCUCACAGCAUACUCAUGGGCGCUUGCGUAUCUGGUGACCAUAACAACUGAAAUGGUGUACAUCAAGCACAUUGUGACAAACCUGGGGCUCAACACCUGGGGCUUUGUGCUUUACAACAACCUUCUUUCGUUGAUGCUGGCCCCGAUCUUUUGGUUCCUUACAGGGGAGCACAAGUCAAUCUUUGCAGCGAUGGAAUCAAGGGGCGAAGGCUGGUUUCACCUGGACGCCUUUGUAGCAGUGGCAUUGUCAUGCGUGUUUGGGUUGCUCAUUAGUUUCUUUGGUUUUGCAGCGAGAAGAGCUGUAUCAGCAACCGCAUUUACUGUGACCGGGGUUGUGAAUAAGUUCCUCACCGUGGUUAUCAAUGUCAUGAUCUGGGACAAGCAUGCAACUGCAUAUGGUUUGGUUUGCUUACUGUUCACUAUUGUCGGUGGAGUACUCUAUCAGCAAUCAGUUACAGUGAAAGGAAACAGUGCAGCGCAGCGUGAGCUGGUACCCGAACAACCUAAGGAGGGCAAUGGUAGCAAAGAGUUUGAUGAGGAGAAACAAAGAUUAGUUUCUUCAGCUAAAUAA